AUGGCACCGUCGAUGAAUCCGAGUCCUCAGGUGGAGGAGCUGAAGGUCGUGUCUAACCAGACGAACCAGAAUUGGCUCAAGGAUCCAGGGUUGAGGAAACUCAACUUGGGCAUUCUGUGCCUGUUCAUGUCAUCAGCAGGCACUGGAUACAAUGGAAGUCUUAUGAACGGAUUGCUCGUUCUGCCAGAAUUCACUAUGAUCACCGGCGGCUUGAAACCUACCAUCCUCGGCCUUCUCAUCGCGGCGACUUCAUUGGGAGCUUUUUGCGCCUUCACUCCCGCGUCUUAUAUCGCCGACAGAUUGGGACGGAAAUGGUGUGUUCGCGUGGGAGCUAUCUUAGUCAUUAUAUCCGCCUUUUUGCAGAUCUUUGUGAAGAACCACUGGGCCUUCUUCGGCUGUCGCAUUCUGGCCGGUGCUGGUGUGGGAACUGCUCAGACUGCAGCGCCACUGCUGGCUACCGAGAUCGCCCAUCCUCGCCAGCGACAAACCGCAACUGCCCUGUACAAUGCAUGUUGGGCAGUUGGAUCGAUCACCUCGGCAUCCGUCUGCUUCGGAACCCUAUCAAUGUCUACCCAUUGGUCCUGGCGUGCGGCGUGUGUGAUCCAGGCCUUCUUCCCCAUUGUUCAACUUGUCGGUCUGACCAUCGUGCCGGAAAGCCCCCGAUGGUUAAUCUCUAAGGGCAGAAAUGACGAGGCUUUGGCCAUCCUCACCAAGUAUCAUGCCAACGGAGACAAAAGCGACGAAAUGGUUCAUCACGAGUUCCACCAGAUCUGCAACACAAUCAGCAUCGAGGCGCUGGCGCCAAGAAGCUGGGGCUCAUUCUUUUCGUCGAGGGGAGACAUUCACCGGUUGAUUAUUUGUGUGAUGUUGGGUUUAAUGCAGGAAUGGGCUGGAAAUGGAAUCAUCUCUUACUAUCUCGCUCCUAUCCUGGCCUCCGUCGGGGUGACCCGAGCCACCGACCAAGCGUCGGUGAAUCUGGGAUUGCAAGUCUGGAAUCUCCUCCUUUCGUCAGCAGGAGCGGUGGCCUCGGAACGAUAUGGUCGUCGUCCUCUCUGGCUUAUCGGUACCAUGAUCAUGCUGUUCUUCCUUUGCAUGAUGACCAUUGUGGCUGGCGUGUUCCAAGAGAUGCACAUCUCUGCCGCCGGUCUGGCCAUGGUUCCUAUGAUCUUCCUCUUCUUCUCCGGAUUCAACAUUGCCUACUCGCCUCUGUUUAUUGCCUACGCUGCGGAGAUUCUGCCCUUCCCCCUGCGUGCCAAGGGUAUGGCGAUCGCCCUGUCCACUGAUGCGGUCGCCUGCUUCUUCAACCAAUAUGUCAACCCGGUCGCGUUCGCGGCAUUGAAGUGGAAGUACUAUCUGGUCUACAUCGGCUGUCUCACCUGGUUCCUCAUCACCAUCUACUUCUUCUUCCCAGAGACCAAGGGGCGAUCACUCGAGGAAAUCUCACGGAUCUUUGACAGCAAGGAUAUCGUGAAUGAGGAAUCAAGUGAGCUCUCUCAGGAGAUCACUACGGAGAAGGCCUAG